GUCACUUCAACUUCAUUGCUGGAUUUCUUUUUUGUUAUCAAAAUCAAAAAACUUUACCUUUUAAAAGUGAAACGUUUCCAAAACCCCUCAAAUUAAUUAAUUAAAAUCAACCAAAAUGUCUGAAAGAAAAGUGUUAAACAAAUACUAUCCACCAGAUUUCGAUCCGUCGAAAAUACCUCGCAUGAAAUUGGCCAAAAAUCGCCAAUACACAGUUCGUCUUAUGGCCCCAUUUAAUAUGCGUUGCAAGACAUGUGGCGAAUAUAUUUACAAAGGUAAAAAAUUCAAUGCCCGCAAAGAAGACGUGGAAAAUGAAACUUAUCUGGGCAUUCGAAUAUAUCGUUUCUACAUCAAAUGUACACGAUGUUUACAGGAGAUUUCAUUCAAAACUGAUCCCCAGAACACAGACUAUGAAAUAGAAGCCGGCGCAACACGUAAUUUUAUGGCCUUGAAGUUGGCCGAAGAACAAGCAAGGAAGGAGGAAGAAGAGUUGCGAGAAGAAGAAGCAAAUAAUCCAAUGAAAUUGCUUGAGAAUCGAACGCAACAGUCGAGGAAUGAAAUUGAGCUGCUGGAAUCUCUGGAAGAGUUAAGAGAUUUGAAUAGACGACAACAGAGUGUGGACUAUGAGACAAUGUUGCAGCAAUAUAAUACAAUGGAGACGGAAAAAGAACGCCUCGAACGGCAAGAACGAGAAGACGAAGAGUUUAUAAAGAGCGUGACCUUUAAAAACAAACAGUCUGAUGGAAAGAGAAUCGUCGUAGAGGAAAUUAUUGAAGAUGUAAAGGUGGAAAAGACUGAAUCACCUGAUCCACCUCAAAAGAAGGCCAAAGGCAUAAUGGGACCACCGGCUGAAGCUUCCUUUGCUGGGAGAAGUUCCUCCCUCAAAGGUCUUAUAGUCAAACGAAAGCAACCUCUAGUUCUAGUUAAACCACGAGAAAAGGAAGCAACACCCACUCCUCCGCCGGCGACAGUCCAAGAACCUGCACAACCUAAAGAAGUGUCUGAACCUUCACCAGCACCUUCUACUUCAACGUCAACAUCUUCAAAAACACCCGGUGGUUUGUCUCUUCUGUCCGCCUAUUCCGACAGCUCGGAGGAGUCAGAAUAACAUUUAUUAAAACAUAUUUCAGUACAAAACUUAA